CUCAGCCAGCAGCACCGUUGGAGGUGGCGCGCAAACACCGGGAUACCCCAGAUCGCCACUUCAAGAGGACGGAGGUGAGCUUCAGGUGAGCUUCCUCUCCCCAAAAGAGGCUUUUAAGUGAGACGUCAUGAAGUCGACGCGCCUGCUCUUCCUGGCUUCCGUUCUGGUCUGCAACUUGAUGACGGCGCGCGGAGGGGCGCAGAGCAUCUCUUCCGAGGAGGAGCCGGACCCGAGGACCACGGAAGACCUCCUCCUACGCAGAGCCGAGAGCCUCCUGCUGCGCUCCAUCCUGAGGAAGAUGCAAGCGGAAGACGACAAGAGCGGAGGACUCUCCGCUCAGGCGGCUUGGGUGGCAAAGCGCCAGCAUCCCGGCAAGAGGCGCACCGAGGACGGGGCCGAAGAGGCCGACGAAGAGUAUUCGGACGUGGAAAGGAGGCAGCACCCGGGAAAGCGCGCCGCGACGGGACGCCCCCUCGCCACGGUCGUGCAAGGCGAACUUUCCAAGCGGCAGCACCCAGGCAAACGCUACGCGGUGGUGACGCGGAGCCGGCGGCAGCACCCCGGGAAGCGGCAACCGGACCGGGGGGAGGAGGAGGAGGAGGAAGAAGAGGGGGAAGAGGAGGAGGAGGAGGAGGAGCAUCAUCGCCUCCCCGAGUUGCACAGGCGCCAGCAUCCCGGCAAACGCUUUUGGGAUCGUCCCGGAUCGGCCACGACCAGUCCUUGCGAAGACCUCUGGGACCCCGCGCGAUGUGCCAAGACCGACCUGCUGCUCCAUUUUUUAGACGACAUCAGCGACGUGAAGCGUGGCGAGGAGAAGAGACAGCACCCGGGCAAAAGGUUUGCUCCCGAGGAGGAACAGUAGAAUCAUUCCUUCCAUAUGCUGUCUUGUCAACUAAACAACGCGUAGCCUACGUCGCGAUCAGUCAUUAUUAAAAGGAAGUAGAAAAGAAACAAAUCCACCACUUUA